GUUAUGGACCGAAAGUUUGAGCUCAAUCUCAAUUUUACUGAGCCCACUCCGAAGGUGCCAAUGACGGAUGAGCAAGUUGAACGAAAAUAUGAAGAGAUUCGAAGACGGUCAGGCAUAUUAACAAUCCUGGGGAAAGAAUAUCCUGCAGAAUCAUCCGACAUUGUUGAACUCGCUGAAUUAGGACGUGGGGCGUUUGGAGUGGUCAGAAAAGCUCAGUUCAAAAAGACGAAGACUCUAAUGGCUGUAAAGGAUAUCAUGCAUCGCGACGUUAAACCAUCGAAUAUUCUGAUUGAUAACAGCGGCUCAAUAAAACUAUGUGAUUUUGGCAUUGCGGGUCAACUGAUCGAUUCAAGACGAGCAGUAACUAACAGCAAAGGAUGUGCUGCUUACCUCGCGCCAGAGCGAGUUGGCAGCACUGAUAAUUCGUACGGUAUUCGAGCGGACGUUUGGAGUUUGGGUAUAACUUUAAUUGAAUUGGCUACAGGAAAUCACCCUUAUAAUGGCUGUAUGUCGGACUUUGAAUUGGUUGCGGUCAUAAACAAAGACCCAGCACCCAAUCUUGAUGAUGAUGAUAACUUCUCUCCUGAGUUCCGUGAUUUUAUCCGAAAGUGUCUAGCCAAAGCAGCAUCACAGCGAUAUAACUACAAGCAGCUUUUGGUAAACUUUAACACUUUGAUUACACUGAUCAUGGCUCAUCAGUUUAUACAAGCAAGCGAACAACACAAUGUUGAUGUGGCUGCUUGGUUCACCGAAGUGCGAUCAUCAAAACAAUGA